AUGGAGGCUCUAGGUUUCAACAUAUCCAAUGGUUUCCUCGAAGGUGUAGUGAGAGGGUAUAAAGGAGCCCUUUUGACUCAAGCGAAUUAUCACAAUUUGACCCAAUGUGAGAAUUUGGAAGAUUUCCGACUUCAACUGUCAUCAACGGAUUACGGAAAUUUCUUAGCGAAUGAACCACUUCCUUUAUCAACAGCAACAAUCGCCGAUAAAGCUACUGAGAAAUUAGUAUCUGAAUUCAAUUAUCUUCGAACAAAUGCAGUUGAACCUUUAGCCACUUUUAUGGAUUAUAUCACAUAUGGAUAUAUGAUUGAUAACGUUAUUCUUUUGACUUUGGGUACAUUACAUGAGAGAGAUACUCAUGAAUUAUUAGAAAGAUGUCACCCAUUAGGUGUGUUUGAUACCAUGCCAGCUUUAUGUGUAGCUACAAAUGUGGAAGAGUUAUAUCACAGUGUAUUGGUUGAAACUCCUCUAGCGCCAUAUUUCCAAGAUUGUCUUUCAGCUCAAGAUCUUGAUGAUCUCAAUAUCGAAAUCAUUAGAAACUCAUUAUACAAAGCUUAUUUGGAAGAUUUUCAUAAAUUUUGUCAAACAUUGCCUUCACCAACAUCUGAGAUUAUGAGUAAAAUCUUAUCGUUUGAGGCCGAUCGAAGAACUCUUAAUAUCACGAUAAACUCUUUUGGAACUGAACUGACCAAAGAACAACGUGCAAGAUUAUUCCCUACAAUCGGUAGAUUAUACCCUGAAGGAAAUAACGCUUUAGCCAGAGCGGAAGAAAUCGAUUCGGUGGUCGCUGCCGUCGAUCAUAUAUCAGAAUACAAGUCUUUUUUCGAUAAAUCAGGUAUCGCAAAUCAGUCUUCAGGUGGUGGCGCAGCGAAUAGCACGUCAAGUGGUGCUGCCGGUGGUGGAGAAGAAAAUAAUUCAAGUUUAGAAGAUGAAUUCUUCAAGUAUGAUGUCGAAUUAAAUAAACAAUCUUUCCUGCAACAAUUUCAAUUUGCAACUUUUUACAGUUUCGUCAAGUUAAAGGAACAAGAAGUUAGAAAUCUAACUUGGAUAGCUGAAUGUAUCGCUCAAGAUGCAAAAGAUCGAGUUAAUGAUUAUAUACCAGUAUUUUAA